CCCACCCCCGUCCCUGCUCCCGCCCUCCCCGCGCCGCUGGCAGCCGCAGCCCCCGGACCGGGAGGAAUGAGCGAGCCAUGAGGCUGCUGCGGCGCUGGGCGUUCGCGGCUCUGCUGCUGCCGCUGCUCCCCCCGCCCGGUCUUGGGACCCAAGGUCCUGCUGGAGCUCUGCGAUGGGGGGACUUACCCCAGCUGGGAGGCCCAGGAGCCCCUGAGGUCACGGAACCCAGCCGUCUGGUUAGGGAGAGCUCCGGGGGAGAGGUCCGAAAGCAGCAGCUGGACACAAGGGUCCGCCAGGAGCCACCAGGGGGCCCGCCUGUCCAUCUGGCCCAGGUGAGUUUCGUCAUCCCAGCCUUCAACUCAAACUUCACCCUGGACCUGGAGCUGAACCACCACCUCCUCUCUUCGCAAUACGUGGAGCGCCACUUCAGCCGGGAGGGGACAACCCAGCACAGCACCGGGGCUGGAGACCACUGCUACUACCAGGGGAAGCUCCGGGGGAACCCGCACUCCUUCGCCGCCCUCUCCACCUGCCAGGGGCUGCAUGGGGUCUUCUCUGAUGGGAACUUGACUUACAUCGUGGAGCCCCAAGAGGUGGCUGGACCUUGGGGAGCCCCUCAGGGACCCCUUCCCCACCUCAUUUACCGGACCCCUCUCCUCCCAGAUCCCCUUGGAUGCAGGGAACCAGGCUGCCUGUUUGCUUUGCCUGCCCAGUCGGCUCCUCCAAACCGGCCGAGGCUGAGAAGGAAAAGGCAGGUCCGCCGGGGCCACCCUACAGUGCACAGUGAAACCAAGUAUGUGGAGCUAAUUGUGAUCAACGACCACCAGCUGUUCGAGCAGAUGCGACAGUCGGUGGUCCUCACCAGCAACUUUGCCAAGUCUGUGGUGAACCUGGCCGAUGUGAUAUACAAGGAGCAGCUCAACACGCGCAUCGUCCUGGUUGCCAUGGAAACAUGGGCAGAUGGGGACAAGAUCCAGGUGCAGGAUGACCUCCUGGAGACCCUGGCCCGGCUCAUGGUCUACCGACGGGAGGGUCUGCCUGAGCCCAGUGAUGCCACCCACCUCUUCUCGGGCAGGACCUUCCAGAGCACGAGCAGCGGGGCAGCCUACGUGGGGGGCAUAUGCUCCCUGUCCCACGGCGGGGGUGUGAACGAGUACGGCAACAUGGGGGCGAUGGCCGUGACCCUUGCCCAGACGCUGGGACAGAACCUGGGCAUGAUGUGGAACAAACACCGGAGCUCGGCAGGGGACUGCAAGUGUCCAGACAUCUGGCUGGGCUGCAUCAUGGAGGACACUGGGUUCUACCUGCCCCGCAAGUUCUCGCGCUGCAGCAUCGACGAGUACAACCAGUUUCUGCAGGAGGGUGGUGGCAGCUGCCUUUUCAACAAGCCCCUCAAGCUCCUGGACCCCCCAGAGUGCGGGAACGGCUUCGUGGAGGCAGGGGAGGAGUGCGACUGCGGCUCGGUGCAGGAGUGCAGCCGCGCAGGUGGCAACUGCUGCAAGAAAUGCACACUGACUCACGACGCCAUGUGCAGCGACGGGCUCUGCUGUCGCCGCUGCAAGUACGAACCACGGGGUGUGUCCUGCCGAGAGGCCGUGAACGAGUGCGACAUCGCGGAGACCUGCACCGGGGACUCUAGCCAGUGCCCGCCUAACCUGCACAAGCUGGACGGUUACUACUGUGACCAUGAGCAGGGCCGCUGCUACGGAGGUCGCUGCAAAACCCGGGACCGGCAGUGCCAGGUUCUUUGGGGCCAUGCGGCUGCUGAUCGCUUCUGCUACGAGAAGCUGAAUGUGGAGGGGACGGAGCGUGGGAGCUGUGGGCGCAAGGGAUCCGGCUGGGUCCAGUGCAGUAAGCAGGACGUGCUGUGUGGCUUCCUCCUCUGUGUCAACAUCUCUGGAGCUCCUCGGCUAGGGGACCUGGUGGGAGACAUCAGUAGUGUCACCUUCUACCACCAGGGCAAGGAGCUGGACUGCAGGGGAGGCCACGUGCAGCUGGCGGACGGCUCUGACCUGAGCUAUGUGGAGGAUGGCACAGCCUGCGGGCCUAACAUGUUGUGCCUGGACCAUCGCUGCCUGCCAGCUUCUGCCUUCAACUUCAGCACCUGCCCCGGCAGUGGGGAGCGCCGGAUUUGCUCCCACCACGGGGUCUGCAGCAAUGAAGGGAAGUGCAUCUGUCAGCCAGACUGGACAGGCAAAGACUGCAGUAUCCAUAACCCCCUGCCCACGUCCCCACCCACGGGGGAGACGGAGAGAUAUAAAGGUCCCAGCGGCACCAACAUCAUCAUUGGCUCCAUCGCUGGGGCUGUCCUGGUUGCAGCCAUCGUCCUGGGCGGCACGGGCUGGGGAUUUAAAAACAUUCGCCGAGGAAGGUCCGGAGGGGCCUAAGUGCCACCCUCCUCCCUCCAAGCCUGGCACCCACCGUCUCGGCCCUGAACCACGAGGCUGCCCCCAUCCAGCCACGGAGGGAGGCACCAUGCAAAUGUCUUCCAGGUCCAAACCCUUCAACUCCUGGCUCCGCAGGGGUUUGGGUGGGGGCUGUGGCCCUGCCCUUGGCACCACCAGGGUGGACCAGGCCUGGAGGGCACUUCCUCCACAGUACCCCACCCACCUCCUGCGGCUCAGCCUUGCACACCCACUGCCCCGUGUGAAUGUAGCUUCCACCUCAUGGAUUGCCACAGCUCAACUCGGGGGGGCCUGGAGGGAUGCCCCCAGGCAGCCACCAGUGGACCUAGCCUGGAUGGCCCCUCCUUGCAACCAGGCAACUGAGACCAGGGUCUUACCUCUCUGGGACCUAGGGGGAUGGGGCUGACAUCUACAUUUUUAAAAACUGAAUCUUAAUCG